AUGUCUAGCCGAGCACCCGCAGAGGACCUCGCGUCUUCCAUUGGAGCAUAUUAUCUCAGUCAGCAGUUGAGUUCGAUCAUGGGCGGAGCUAUUGAACCCUUGAUUGUGAGGACCGGAUUCAUGCACGACAUUGGCGGGCGGCUGGACAAGCCAAUCGAGAUUGAGGUUAUUGUGUGGAGAAGAAUUCAGCUCACUCGUAAUGUGCUUCGUGAUGCCAAGUAUGGCAAUACUCUACCGGAAGAUAUCCAGAACGUAGUUCGCUCCUCUCUGCGCUGCGGUUUUCAAUUCGUUCCAGUACUUUCAGCGAUUGCUGUUGUGUUUAAUGUGCCUAUCCUGGUGUUCAUGCGCGAAGGACCAGUUGAGUGGCCAAGAUCUUGCUGGAGAUGGCGUUUCGCAAGACGCUGUUGCCAGACAUUUGUAGUUGACGUCAAGGAUUGA